AUGCAUCUGCUUUAUGCAUUCCUUGUUCUGCUCUCUCUUAGCGACGGUUUUGAUCCUCACUGUCCUGGAAGAUGCAGCUGUGACUCAGUGCAGUCGGUGCAAUGCUACAGGCUGACAGAGGUGCCGUCAGGCAUUCCUUCCACCACCAAGAAGCUCUACAUCAGCCACAGCAAAAUCCAACACCUCCAGCUAUCUAACUUCACCCGAAUGUUGGCUCUGGAAGACUUUAUUCUUCUGGCCAGUGGAACAGAAUCAGUAGAAAAUGAUACUUUCAAAACUCUGAGUACCUUGAAGACCUUGGAACUCUGGAAAAAUAAGCUCAGACGAGUCCCCCGUGCUCUCCCAGCCAAUCUUGAAGUGUUAAAACUAAAUGAUAAUUCAAUAUAUGUCCUACACGGAUCUGAUUUUGAAGGACUGAAGAAGUUAAAAACCCUUGAACUUAAAAACAACCUGAUCUCUACCGUCUCUCCCAGCAUGCUCUCCUCCCUUGCCAGUUUGCAAAGCUUGAUGUUGGAUGGCAAUACUAUCGAGUCUGUAGCUGGACCACUGGCACUUCCCCAUCUGAAACAUAUGAGUAUGGAGAAUAAUAAACUGCAUAUUAUACCAGCUAACUUCUUUACUUCUCUUCAGUCUUUGCAGUUUCUCAGUUUCAGUGGUAACUUUCUGACUAAAAUUCCUAUUACUUUGCCCAAAUCCUUGCUCUCUUUAAAGAUAGAGAGAAACCAGCUCAAAGUGGUGAGGUUUCGAGAUAUGAAACACUUGGAAAACCUAUCCCAUCUUUACCUGUCAGAAAACUCACUCUCUUCCAUCGAAGGGGCACAGCUCCUUGCCAAUUUAACCACUCUUGAGUUGUCCCAAAACCAGCUCCAAACGUUGCCCCUCAGACUACCGGCAAGGCUACAAAAGCUUGAUAUUAGCAAUAAUCUGAUUCAGAGAGUUACAGUGCAAGACUUCCAGGACCUCCGGGACUUGAAACAUUUGUUUCUGGACAACAACAUUGUCAGCUUGUUUGAAGCUGGAGCCCUGCAGAGGUGUUCCCAGCUCUCCAACCUGGCCCUGGAGCAGAACCUGCUGUUGUCCAUACCUCUCAGGCUCCCAGGGACCUUGGCCAGGCUGGACCUAAAAGGCAACGCCAUCCAGGAUAUCGCUGAGAGGGAGCUCAAGGACCUAAAGCAGCUGCAGGUUCUAAACCUUAGGAACAACAAGAUCUCUGCCUUGGACCUCAAAGCCUUGGAGGGGCUGCCUCGCCUCAGGCACCUGUAUCUGGAUGGAAAUCCAUGGAAUUGCACCUGCAGUCUCCUGAGAGCGAGGGAGGUCCUGAAGGCCAAGGGAACCGACGUGAGGGGAGGACAGUGUGCAGCACCAGCCGAAAGACAAGGGGAGAGCUGGAUGUCUUCCAAGAAGAUCAUGAGGCAGUGCGAGCCACACUUACGUCUGACCGAGAAGAGCAAAGAGACCAAAAAGAAGUCAAAACCGGAAGAGCACCCCAGCGUCAGAAUCAACGUGGAUGAUGAUUAUUAUGAUUAUGAAAUCGAUUAAGUGUGAACUUAGUUUACAGCUUAGAUAAAGUUUUUGUUUCUUUUUUUUUUUUUAAAUAGACUUUAUUUUUAGAGCAGUUUUAGGUUCUCAGUGAAAUUGAGAAGAAGGUAGAGAGAUCUCCAUACAUGCCCUGCCUCCCCCACCAGAGGGACACAUGUAUUAGUCGAUGAACCUGCACUGACACACUGUACAGUAGGGUUCAUGCAUGGUGUUGUACACUCUGUGGGUUUGGACAAGUGCAUAAUGACAUGUAUCCUGCAUUAUAGGAUCAUUUAGAGUAGUUUCCCUGCCCUAAGCAUUCUCUGUGUUCCAGAAACAGCUUUUAAUGUUCAAUCUUGGAAGCAGAAAUAUACUAUACAUUUAGCUAUACCAGGCUCUUUUUGUUAGUUUUUCUUUUUUGAAGAAUGAAAUGAGGGUUAAGAUCAAGAUGAGGUGGGAGAGGAAAGUAGAAAGGAGCAAUGGUAAGAAGAUGUAAGGUUCCUCCUGUGUGAAAAGUAAUUUGUGUUUUACACUGAAACCUAGGCAAAUAACAAUGCCAAAUAAAAUCGCCAUCUGGCUAACUUC